AGAGAGGAAGUCUUCUCCGAUGUUCCACUUUGGCUCCGGCAACGGCCAGCUUUUUUAGUGGUGUUGCUUUUAACUGAAGAAGAAGAAGAAGAAGAUGAAGAAGAUUUACAGGUCUACAUCAAGUGGAGUCAUAAUCCAUCAAAACUCAAUUGAAAUUUCGCCUUGUUUCUUUGGGCGAAGAAGAUGAAUGACCUUCCCAACAAUUUCGGCUUGAAAGGAAGCUUCCAACGUCACUGCAACUUUCCGGUGAUCGGAGACUCCCUCAUCUUCAACUUCGCACGUGUCAUCCAUUCUGUUUUUCACUUGUCACGUGUGUCUACACUACCUUUCCUUCACGCUAAGGAUUUACAUUUAGGCAUUGGGCUUUUAUUUGUUGUUCCUUUACUUAAGGGUUUUC